AUGUUGCAGUCCAUGUUCAAGUCUCCCGUGGUGCCGGGUCUUGUCACGGCUGCACUGUUCGUGACGCUUUACUGGACCAAGGCCAACAAGAGCUCUGCGAAGUCCAAAGGUGACAAGGUCAAGUACGCCGUCAUCCUGCCGGGCACCCUGCCUGUGCUCGGUAACGCCGUCGAGCUGGCGGCCAACGCACCGCGCAUGCACGACUGGCUGGCCGACCAGUUCGCUGCUACGAAUGGCGAGGCAUUCAUCGUACGGCUUCCUGGUAAGGACGACAUGAUGUUCAUCGCCAAGCCAGAGCACCUGGAAGCCGUGCUUAAAACGCAGUUCGAUAUCUUCCCAAAGAGCGAAUACAUCCACGACGUCUUCUGCGAUAUACUGGGCGACGGUAUCGUAGUGACGAAUGGAGAGACCUGGAAGCGGCAGCGUAAUGUCGUCGUCGGACUUUUCAGCGCCCGUGCGUUGCGUGAGCACAUGACGCCGCUUGUCCAGAAGUACACAGUGCAGCUGGUAGAUAUUUUGACGGACGCGGCGGCCACGAACACGCCGUUGGACGUGUUCGACCUGCUGCACCGAUACACGUUCGACGUGUUCGGCGAAAUCGGCUUCGGCGCCAAAAUGGGCUCCAUGGACGGAGCUUUCCAGCCGUUCGCAGAGGCGAUGGAUGAGGCUCAAUUUCUGGCCGGAAAGCGCUUCAAACAGCCCAUGUGGUACUGGAAACUGCGUCGCUGGCUGAACGUUGGUGACGAAAAGAAACUCAAGGAGAACGUGCGCGUGAUCGACGAGCACUUGAUAGGCAUCAUCGCUGACGCCAUUGAGCGUCGUCGUCUUCGUGUUGAAGAGAAGAAGGCCGGUCGUCCUGCCGCACUUGCCGAUAAGGACAUCGUGUCCAUUGUGCUAGACAACAUGGAGUCUCGUGGGAUGCCAGUAGACCCCGUCGAGGUCCGCAACAUCGCCGUCGCGUCAAUUAUCGCCGGUCGCGAUACGACUGCCGACUGUAUGGGAUGGCUGUUCCACAUGCUCAGCCAGAACCCGAACGCAGAGACGAAGCUGCGAGCAGAGCUCCUUUCCAAGAUCCCCAAACUCGGUACUGACCGGCACUACACUCCGACAGUGGAGGAUAUCAACAAGGUGCCGUACCUGGAGGCUUGCAUCCGCGAACUCCUGCGUCUGUACCCGCCUGGUCCGUUGAUCACCACGCAUUGUAUCAAAGACACCGUCUUCCCGGACGGUACGUUCGUGCCAGCGAAUACAGACAUCGGUAUUGCGCUCUUCUCCUGCGGACGUCUCACCAGUGUCUGGGGCGAAGACGCGCUUGAGUUCAAGCCGGAUCGCUUCAUCGACAGCGAGACGAGUGACAUCAUCCCGAUGACUGCGACCAAGUUCGCAGCAUUCAGCGCUGGCCCGCGUAUCUGCGUCGGCCAGACCCUGGCAUUUAUCGAAACCAAGAUUGUGAUCGCCAGCAUUGUCGCCCGCUUCGAAAUGACCCCCGAACCUGGUCAGAAUGUCGCCUACACGCAGGGUAUUUCCUUGGGCAUGAUGGACCCUCUCAUGAUGCGUCUCAAGUCGGUUUAA